AUGGCAGAGCUCAACUCAUGAGAAUGAAUACAGUGAUUCUUCAAGAGCUGUUGAUGGUCGUAAAACAGAUCUCUCUUUUUACGGAAAACAAUGCAGUAUUUCUACGAAUGAGGAAGACACUGCAACGUGGUGGGUAAAUCUGAAGGGGAUCCGAGGCAUAGAAUCCAUUGUCAUUUAUUACAGAACUGACAACUUGGCUUGGAAUUCAAGAAAUGGUCACGCAGCUAGAUUUCUAGGAUUUUAUGUGUACAUUUCAAACACAACAAACAUACUCGAUGGCCACUUAUGUUUUCAUGAUACAACCUACACCAGGGCUUCGAUACCAGCUGUCGCUAACAUAAGCUGUCCUGUACACGGACAAUACGUCAUCUACUAUAACGAAAGACGACGUCAAGUUUUUAGCUAUCCAUCUGGAUAUUCGUGGUAUGCAUAUAUCGAGCUCUGUGAGGUCGAGGUUUUUGGUUGCUCCGAUCCUACACGUUAUGGCUCAGAUUGUUCUCAUAAAUGUUCUUCCCACUGCCUCGAAUAUUGUCACAUAGAGUCAGGAUGGUGUUCCCAAUGUGGACCUGGGUACAAAGGAAUUAAAUGUGAACAAGAAUGUGAUGAUGGUUUUUUUGGGGAGCAAUGUAGUAGGACCUGUGGACAUUGCAAACAAUUGAGUGAAUGUCAUCCUGUGAAUGGAACUUGUAUGCAUGGAUGUUAUACAGGAUAUAAAGGACAAUUUUGCAAUAUCACAUGUGCAGACGGAUUCUUUGGAGAAAAUUGUUUCCACAAAUGUAACAGUACGUGUUACGGGUGUAACAGGACAAAUGGUGUUUGUGAAAACGGAUGUCAUACGGGGUGGAAAGGAACCUACUGUCAUGAAAAAUGCGACGGCGGAUUUUAUGGAAAUAAAUGCAGUAUGCUUUGUGGACACUGUAUCAACUCAGAACAGUGUCAACCAAUAAACGGGACAUGCAUGAGUGGUUGUGACCCAGGAUACCGAGGGAUAUUAUGCAAUGAAACAUGUGGGAACGGAACGUUUGGAAGAAAUUGUCUAGAAAUCUGCAAUGGUACAUGCUAUGGUUGCAACAGAACAAAUGGUAAAUGUGAAAAUGGUUGUCAUCCAGGAUGGAAAGGCGAUUACUGCCAUGAAGAAUGUGACGGCGGUUACCAUGGAAAUAGUUGCAGCCUGAUUUGUGGACAUUGUAUAAACUCAGAACAAUGUAGCCAUGUAAACGGGACGUGUAUGAACGGUUGUGAUGAAGGAUAUGAAGGAAAUUUUUGCAAUGAAACCUGUAAAAACGGAACAUUUGGACAAAACUGUCUUGAAAUUUGUAAUAGUACGUGUCAUGGCUGUAACACAAUAACCGGAAGUUGUGAAACUGGAUGUUAUCCUGGGUGGAAGGGAGAUUAUUGUCAUCAAGAGUGUGAUGGGGGAUCCUACGGAAAUAAUUGCAGCAUGACUUGUGGACAUUGUGUUAACUCAGAACAAUGUCACCAUGUAAACGGGACUUGUAUAAAUGGUUGUGAUGAAGGAUAUGAAGGGAAUUUUUGCAAUGAAACCUGUCAAAACGGAAGAUUUGGACGAAACUGUCUAGAGAUUUGUAAUAGUACGUGUUAUGGAUGUAACAGAACAACUGGAACAUGUGAAUCUGGGUGUCACCAAGGGUGGAAGGGAGAUUUUUGUCAUGAAAAAUGUGAUGCGGGAUCCUACGGAAAUAAUUGUAGCCUUAUUUGUGGAUAUUGUGUUAACUCAGAACAAUGUCACCAUAUAAACGGGACUUGUAUAAAUGGUUGUAAUGAAGGAUAUGAAGGGACUUUUUGCAAUGAAACCUGUGAAAACGGAACAUUCGGUCGAAACUGUAUAGAUAUUUGUAAUAGUACGUGUUAUGGAUGUAACAGAACGACUGGAAAAUGUGAAUCUGGGUGUCAGCCAGGGUGGAAGGGAGAUUAUUGUCAUGAAAAAUGCGAUGAUGGACUUUUUGGAGAACAAUGUAAUAAAUCUUGUGGACAUUGCAGAAAACCAGACGAAUGUCAUCCAAUUAAUGGGUCGUGUUUGAAUGGUUGUUCAGAAGGAUAUGAGGGGCAAUUAUGCAAUGAAACUUGUUCUUAUGGAUUCUUCGGAGAAAAUUGUCUCAACACCUGUUACGAUACAUGUUACGGGUGCAACAGAACGAAUGGUAUUUGUGACAAUGGAUGCCAUACCGGUUGGAAAGGAGAAUUCUGUCAUCAAGAAUGCGAUGAUGGAUUUUACGGAAUUAACUGCAGCAUACUCUGUGGAAACUGUGUUACCCCAGAGCAAUGCCAUCCGAUUAACGGAACAUGUUUACACGGAUGUGAUGAAGGACAUAAAGGGAUUUUCUGCAAUGAAACAUGUGAAAUUGGAAGAUUUGGGAGAAACUGUAUAGAGAUCUGUAACAAAACAUGUUUUGGUUCUACAUGUAACAGCACAAACGGUAAAUGUGACAAUGGGUGUCAUCCAGGAUGGAAAGGAGAUUUCUGUCACGAAGACUGUGAUGAUGGGUUCUAUGGAGAGAAUUGUAAUAUGACCUGUGGAUAUUGCAAGGAUUCAGAGGAUUGUUACCCAAUAAACGGGACGUGUUUGAAUGGAUGUUCGGCGGGAUAUGAAGGAGAGCUUUGCAACAAAGCAUGCAGUCAAGGAUAUUUUGGAGGAAACUGCGUCAGUACGUGUAACAAUACAUGCAAAGGAUGUAAUAGAACAAACGGGAUUUGUGAAAAUGGUUGUCAUCCUGGAUGGAAAGGAAAGUACUGCCAUGAAGAAUGUAACAAUGGAUUUUAUGGAGAUAAUUGCAGUGGGGUAUGUGGAAAUUGUUGGAAAUCAGAACAAUGUCAGCCAAAUAAUGGAACGUGUGAAAAUGGUUGUGAUGAGGGUUUUGGAGGAAUAUUGUGCAAUGAAGCAUGCAUGAACGGAACAUUUGGACGAAACUGUCUGGAAACCUGCAAUAGUACAUGUAGAGGAUGCAACAGAACAAAUGGUAUCUGUGAUAAUGGGUGUCAUCCUGGUUGGCAAGGAGAAUUCUGCAAUGAAGAAUGUGAUGAUGGUUUCUUUGGAGAACAGUGUAAUAUGACCUGUGGACAUUGCAAAAAUCCUUGGGAAUGUCUUCCUAUAAAUGGAACGUGUUUAAAUGGUUGUUCCGAGGGAUUUGAAGGGCAGUUGUGUAAUGAAAAUUGCAUGGAAGGAUAUUUUGGAGAAAACUGUGUCCACGAGUGUAACAAUACAUGCAGAGGAUGUAACAGAACAAACGGUGUGUGUGAGAAUGGAUGUUUUCCUGGUUGGGAAGGCAAUUAUUGUCAUCAAGUAUGUGGAGGUGGAUUCUUCGGUAAUAACUGCAGUAUUCCUUGUGGACACUGUGUAAAAUCAGAACAAUGUAAUCAUAUCAAAGGGACGUGUAUGCAGGGUUGUGAUGAAGGCUAUGAAGGGAUUUCUUGCAAUAAAACCUGCGGAGAAGGAACAUUUGGAAGGAAUUGUUUGGAGACCUGUAAUAGUACAUGUUAUGGAUGUAACAGAACAAACGGUAUAUGUGAGAAUGGAUGUCAUCCAGGAUGGAAAGGGGAUUACUGCCACGAAGUAUGUGAUCUUGGAUUUUUUGGGGAGCGGUGUGCACUGGAUUGUGGAUACUGCAAACAUUUGAAUGAUUGUCACCCAAUAAACGGGACGUGUUUGAAUGGAUGUUCUGCUGGAUAUGAAGGACAAUUUUGCAAUAAAACCUGCGUAGAAGGAUACUUUGGAGAAAAUUGUGUGCUCAAAUGUAACAGAACUUGUAAAGCAUGUAACAGAACCAAUGGCGUUUGUGAGAAUGGAUGCCUCCCUGGUUGGGAAGGAUUGUACUGUCAUGAAGUAUGCAGAGGCGGUUUCUUUGGAAAAAAUUGCAGUAUUCCUUGUGGACACUGUGUAAAAUCAGAACAAUGUAAUCAUAUCAAAGGGACGUGUAUGAACGGUUGCGAUGAAGGCUAUGAAGGGAAUUUUUGCAACACAACCUGCGGAAAAGGAACAUUUGGACGGAAUUGUCUGGAAAAGUGUAAUUCUACGUGCUAUGGAUGUAACAGAACAAAUGGUAAAUGUGAAGCUGGUUGUCAUCCAGGAUGGAAAGGGGACUACUGCCACGAGGUAUGUGAUCAGGGAUUUUUCGGGGAGCAGUGUGAACUGAAUUGUGGAUACUGCAAACAUUUAAAUGAUUGUCACCCAAUAAACGGGACGUGUUUGAAUGGAUGUUCCGUUGGACAUGAAGGACAAUUUUGCAAUAAAACCUGCGUGGAAGGAUACUUUGGAGACAAUUGUGUGUUCAAAUGUAACAGUAGCUGUAAAGGAUGUAACAGAACAGAUGGGACUUGUGAGAAUGGAUGCUUCCCUGGUUGGAAAGGAUUGUACUGUCAUGAGGUAUGUGGAGGCGGAUUCUUCGGUAAUAACUGCAGUAUGCCUUGUGGACACUGUGUAAAAUCAGAACAAUGUAGUCCUGUCAAAGGGACGUGUAUGAACGGUUGUGACGAAGGAUAUGAAGGGAAUUUUUGCAAUAAAACCUGCGGAGAAGGAACAUUUGGACGGAAUUGUUUGGAGACCUGUAAGAGUACAUGUUAUGGGUGUAACAGAACAAAUGGUAAAUGUGAAACUGGAUGUCAUCCAGGAUGGAAAGGGGAUUACUGCCACAAAUUAUGUGAUUAUGGAUUUUUGGGGGAGCAGUGUGAACUGAAUUGCGGAUACUGCAAACAUUUAUAUGAUUGUCACCCAAUAAACGGGACGUGUUUGAAUCGAUGUUUUGCUGGAUAUGAAGGACAAUUUUGCAAUAAAACCUGCGUAGACGGAUACUUUAGAGAAAAUUGUGUGUUCAAAUGUAACAGUACUUGUAAAGCUUGUAACAGAACCAAUGACAUUUGUGAGAAUGGAUGCCUCCCUGGUUGGGAAGGACUGUACUGUCAUGAGGAAUGUGAUGAAGGAUUCUUUGGCGUGAAUUGUAUUAUGGCUUGUGGAUACUGCAAGAAAUCUGCGGAUUGUAGCCCAAUUAAUAGGACGUGUUUGAAUGGAUGCUCUCGGGGAUAUAAAGGACAACUUUGCAAGACAACGUGCCAAGAUGGAUACAUUGGAGAAGAUUGUGUAUACAAGUGUAAUGAUACAUGUCAAGAAUGUAACAGAAUAAAUGGUUCCUGUGGAAAUAAAUGUCAUCCUGGUUGGAAGGAGAAUUCUGUCAUGAGGUGUGUGAUUUGAAUUGGUUUGGAGAAGGUUGUAACAAAUCUUGUGGAAAAUGUACGGACAGCGGAUCUUGUUAUCAUAUCAACGGUUCCUGUGUAAAUGGUUGUGACGCUGGAUAUCAUGGAAAUAAAUUUGAUAAACUUUGUGAAUUUGGGUUUUAUGGUCCUGACUGUAAGAAUGCAUGCAGUCUGUUUUGUAAAAUAUCACGUGACUGUCAUCACGUGAUUGGUACCUGUAAUUAUGGCUGUAAAGCUGGAGUACAGGGAAAUGAAUGUCUACUUGUCAAGGACAGUGACAAAGUAUCCGAAACAAAAUUUUAUUGAAUUCUGAGCGCGCUUUGCGCCAUUCUUCUUAUAUUUGUUAUUUAUGCGCUCUACAAAAUAAAGAAAAGGAUGAUACUUUCUAGAACAUCGACUGGCACCUCUUACUAUGUAGACGACUCCAUCAUUCCUCAAACGGACAGUAUGGCUUUGAUCAAAAAGGACGAUCAACCCAUAGAAUUAAAUCACAAUAAUCAGAACACUUCGAAAUUAAAUAUAUCUACUAUCUACGACACAAAAUUUUAGGAAGUUUACUUAAAUGAGACAAUAUUUUUCCAAGAUUAGAUAUUACAAUUUUAUGUCUUAUUACAUUUCUAGUAUAAGCAAAUAUUACAGAAAAGGGGAUGUUCUCUUU